AUGUCGAAUUUGUCAAAGCUUGAAUUUUUGGCACUUGACAUUUCUGGAAAGAACUAUUUGUCAUGGGUACUUGAUGCUGAAAUUCACUUUACCGCUAAGGGUCUUGGUGAUAUUAUAAUCGAAGGAAAUAACGCAUUAAGUCAUGAUAAAGCGAAAGCUAUGAUAUUCCUGCGUCAUCAUCUUAAUGAAAACCCGAAGGUUGAAUAUUUAAUAGUGAAAGAUCCACUUGAAUUGUGGGUAGGUUUGAAAGGGAGGUAUGACCACCUCAAGGCAAUGAUAUUGUCAAUGGCUCGUUACGAGUGGAUGCACUUACGACUUCAAGAUUAUAAAACCCAUAAUUACUUUUUAAUGAAAAAUCAGGAAGCCUGUCCCGUUGGAAGUGCUCCAUUAUCGGAGGCACACGGGGUAGAAGCAAACGGUCAGUCUGAAAUAAGACAAAGUAAUCAGGGCCAUGAUAAUGUGUGUGGGUGUGGAAAAGCCAAAAGACGAUAUAAUAAUUGUCAAGGUGGCGGUCAUAACAAAAGGGAGAACAAUAUGGGUUCUCAAAAUAAUCCUUCUAAAGGCAAGGGAGAUCACUGUCAUCAUAGUGGCCUUAAAGGUCACUGGAAAAAUGAAUGUUGGACACCUGAGCAUUUUGUCAAGCUAUAUCAAAACUCCUUUAAAAGGAAAGGAAAUAAAAGUCGUGCCUCCUCUUUUAAUGCCCGAGUAGAGUCACAUUUGACUCUCAAAGAUGAUGCUCAGGCAGGGUCUUCUCAAAAAUAUGAUUAG